AGAUUAGUCAAAGCCAGUCAUUCUUUUAAGAUUGAAAUAAGAGUCUUGACUGUUCUCGAAAGUAUUCAUAAAUUUAAUGAAGCAUAAAAAGAAGAACAGCUCUGUGAACCGUGAAGCAUUCAUCCAUCGGUUACAGGAAAAGUUAAGGAAGAAGUGUCUCAGUAUCAACGGUCAUUUGAUCGAAGAAGACAAACGUUGUUGUUUCUUUCAUCAUUCUUCUUUCUACUUGGACAAUCUACUGUAGACAGUAACAUGAACUCUCCGUUCAGACUAUAUUCCACGUUAGGACAUUAGACGAGUUUGUUCUCAUCGUCUGUGGGAACAAUUAACAACUGGUCUUCGUUCGAGGUCAUACGAAAUAAAAUUAACAAUGGGAUCGUCGAAAGAGGAACGAUAUUAUCCAGAACCGGCAGCUAUUAGGAUAACCAAAAGAAGAUCAACGACGAUGACGUGUAGGAGAACAACGACGAUGACGAUGACGAUGAUGAUGAUGAUGAUGAUGAUGAAUCGAGACGGAGUUAGACAAAUUCUGGAAGAGAGUGAAUGGGAGAGGUGACGUAUCGUUCAGCGAUGCGUAGGAGACGUGGCCUGGCUAGUGCCGUUCUGGGCCUUACGGUCGGUCUCGUGUUCGGUUUACUGAUCAGUGGUUAUCGGAUACUCGUGUUAAACAAUGUACAACGAUCCGGUUGGUCUUCUUCCUUCUCCUCGUCAUUAUCAACAUUUUCUUCCGCGUUAAGAAUAAAUACAAUGAUAGAACCGACAGUGAAAAAUAUGCCUAAAUUGUCGGACAACGAACGUAUCAACAGUUCGUCGGAUAAUCUUGUAUUCGUUGGUGUUAUGACAGCGAAAAAAUAUCUCGAUACUCGAGCUAAAGCUGUUUAUGAGACUUGGGGUCAAGAAUUACCUGGUAAAAUAGCAUUUUUCUCAUCGGAAAGUUCAACCGUGCCAGAUAAUUGUCCCGAAUUACCAUUGGUACCUUUGACACGUGUCGACGAUAGUUAUCCACCACAGAAGAAAUCAUUCAUGAUGUUACAAUACAUGUGGAAUCAUUAUGGGAAUCGUUUCGAAUGGUUUUUCAGAGCGGACGAUGACGUUUACGUUAGGACUGAUCGUUUAGAGAAUUUUCUUAGGUCUGUUGAUUCAAGAAAACCAAUGUACAUAGGACAAGCUGGUAGAGGUAAUUCUGAAGAAUUUGGAUUACUUUCACUCGAAUAUGAUGAAAACUUUUGCAUGGGUGGUCCUGGUAUUGUUAUAUCAAGGGAAACGCUUAAAAGGAUAGUUCCACAUAUUAAAUAUUGUUUGAGACAUCUUUAUACCACUCACGAGGACGUCGAGCUUGGUAGAUGUGUUCAAAAAUAUGCUGGGAUUCCUUGCACAUGGAGUUACGAGAUGCAAUCAAUUUUUUAUCACAAUAGCAGCGGAAAUCAGGCGUUUACGGGUAAUCUCAAGAGAAAGGAAGUACAUCGUGCCAUUACUUUACAUCCUAUCAAAAGUUCUCCAUACAUGUACAGACUUCAUAAUUAUAUGAGGGGAUUAAAAAUACAGGAUUUGCAACAAGACAAAAUAAAAUUGCAAAGGGAUAUCUAUUCGAUGAUUAAAGAAUUGGGUAUAAAUCACGAACAAUUGAAGAAUUAUCAUGUUGCAAUUGAUGUACCACUUUUUCCCGUUAAUCAUUAUUCCGAGGAUUAUCCUGGUGACACGGAGAUAUUAGGUGUUCCUGUUGGACUUCGUACUUUCAAACCAACCACAAGUGACGAAGUUAUACCAUGGGAUUUCAUUUCUAAAUCGGAAUAUAGUUUGGCCGAUUUCAAUCCUAGAAGACGAAUUCACAGUGACAUUAAAGAGGCUAUGGAUGAUAAUAUUAGAGAAGUAAUGGUUAAAAUAAAUGCCUGUUCGAGACAACGUGGACGUGUAGUAGACGAAAGAUCUGCACUGUAUGGUUACAGAAGAGUUAAUUCUUAUGGUGCUGAUACUAUUUUAGAUCUACUUUUGGUCUAUCGUAAAUUUAGAGGAAAAAAAUUGACAAUGCCGGUUAGAAGACAUAUUUAUCUUCAUCAACAUUUCACUGGAUUAGAAAUACGAGAAGUGACAAAUGAUGAUGAUGAUGAUAAUGAUGAUAAUGAUGAUAAUGAAGAAUUUAAACAAGACAAUCGUAAUAGAUUUUUACAAAAUUUAAUACCAUCGAGAUUUUUGGAUUUUAAUUUGUUAUCAAGCAAAAGUGUUAAUUUAAUGGAAGAUCAAAAAAUCAUUAAUUUCAUAUUACCAUUGUCAGGACGUUACGAAGUAUUUCAAAGAUUUAUUCAAAAUUAUGAAGAAGUAUGUUUAACGACUGAUGAAAAGACAAAAUUGUUGAUAGUAUUAUAUCAACACAAAAUAGAAGAUACAUUGAACAAAACAAUGAAUUUGAUCGAACAAUUGAAGUACAAAUAUCGAAGUGCUACUAUCGAUGUUAUUUUAGGUAGCGGAGAAUUUGCAAGGGCUAAUGCUUUGCACGAAGGUGUUAUUCAAAUGAAAGACGAUGAUUUAUUAUUUUUCAUAGACGUAGAUAUUGUUUUUACGAGUUCUGCGUUAUAUCGUAUACGAUUAAAUACAAUAAUCAAUAGACAAAUAUAUUUUCCAGUAGUUUUUAGCGAAUACGAUCCAAAGAUCGUUUAUAAAAGUGAUUAUUCUAAGAGACAUGACAAAUAUUAUAUUAUUACAGAAAUGACCGGUUAUUGGAGACAAUUUGGUUUUGGUAUUGUAUCCUUGUAUAAAAAGGAUUACGAUAUUGUUGGUGGUUUUGAUUUAUCUAUUCGUGGUUGGGGCAAAGAGGAUGUAAUAUUUUAUGAAAAAGUAGUCAAAUCAAAAAUUAAAAUAUUUCGUGCGGCUGAUCAACAUUUAAUACACGUUUUUCAUGACGUUGAAUGUGGCAAAGAAUUAUCCGAUACACAAUUGUCAAUGUGUAUGGGUACUAAAGCUGACACAUAUGCCGGUACUGAAACACUCGCUAAAAUUAUUUAUGACAAUCCUGAAUAUUUGCAAUUUGCCAAGGAAAGACGAUUAAAAUUAACGAAGGCUGGAUCUUGAUGCUAUAAUAAUAAUAAUAAUAAUAAUAAGCCAAAAUUAUAAUAUUAAGAGUACAAAUGAGUUUUCGACGUUUUUUUUUUUGUCAAAAAUAAUAUUUAUUGUGAAAGAACGUUAGUUUAAAUUUAAUCGAAGUAUUGUCCAAUCACUAGCAACUACUUUUUCCCAUCUUUCAGGCAGCGUUCAGAUUCCAUGUCUGAAAAACUCUUUGUCUUUUGAGACUAUCCACGAAUCAACCCAAUUUUUGGUAUCUUCAUAUGAUUUGAACCGUUGCUCCGACAGAGCAUGUGCCAUUGACCAGAACAGAUGAUUGUCGGAUGGCACAAUGUCUGGUGAAUACGGUGGGUGGGGUAGUACUUCCCAAUCAAGUGUUUUCAAAUAAUUUUUCAUCAUUAUCAUGUAGAAGAAUAAUUUUGUCGUGUCUGGAGUAGUAUUGAGGGCGUUUUUCCUUAAGAGCUCGACUCAAUCUUAUCAAUUGUGUUCAGUAGAGAGUUUCAAUAAUUGUUUCGCUUGGAUUAAGUAACUCGUAAUACACCACACCCAGCUGAUCCCAUCAAAUACACAGCAUGAGUUUGUUUCAUCGUUAUCAAAUGUUUCUUAUCAUCUGCGAAUUCUAACGUA